AGUCGAUCGGCGGCACCGUACAAAUUUGCCACUCCGAGAAAGUCUGACAUAAGUUGCCGCCAUCAGUGGCACAAUUUUACGUCAUCACCCUGCAGAGCUGGCAGCACUCCUGCGGGAUUGAGCUGGUCGGAAUCUGAUGAAUGAUGUGGGUGUUCCGUAACUACCACAGAGUUAUCAUAGGUAUCGACCCAUUCAUUAUCCAUGAAGCAGUGUUUUUUUACUUCUCAGGGUCUGUGAAACCGAAGAGGCCUCGGUCCGUGACGGAAUGAAUAUUUAGCAUACGGCUACCCUGAAUCCUGAUAGUCUGGUCGAAUCCGAGUCUCCGACCUCUGGCCAACUUACCAAGGAUGUCAAGCCACUCAUUUAACCAGUCAUUCCUUUCCAUUACUUUAACGCAGGGUAGUACAGACUCGCUGCACAAGAGCGGCAUCGCGACGGUCCUUCAUAUAGAGGAAAAACAAAUUGCCGAGGAGCUCAAUCCGGGAGAAAGAGCACGCAUUCUGCGCAAGCUCGAUUGGCAUUUGUUACCAUUCGUGUCGUUAUUAUACAUGUUGUCAUUCUUGGACCGGGCCAAUGUUGGAAAUGCGAAAGUCGCUGGCAUGUCUAAAGACCUGAAUUUGAUCGGUCUCAGGUACAACAUUGCGGCGGCCGUCUUUUUUAUACUGUAUAGCUUUGCUGAGGUCCCCUCGAAUAUUGCGCUGAAGCUAUUCAGACCAUCACGCUGGAUACCAAUUAUCAUGCUCGCAUGGGGUCUCGUGAUGACCCUUAUGUGUCUCGUUGAUUCAUUUCGAUCUCUUGUCGUAGCUCGGAUGUUCCUAGGCUUGACAGAAGCGGGUUUAUUCCCUGGAGUGACCUACUACAUAUCUCUCUGGUAUCCACGAUCUGAACAGUCUAAGCGCAUUGCCAUAUUCUUUUCUGCAGCAACAGUCGCAGGUGCUUUCGGCGGACUCCUUGCGUAUGGUAUCGAGCAUUUGGAAGGCAUCGGAGGAUUGCAUGGUUGGCAAUGGAUUUUCUUAUUAGAGGGUGCUGCCACCCUAUUCGUAGCAUGUCUCUCGUUUUUCUUCAUGCAUGAUUAUCCCGAAACGGCCACGUUUCUCACCGAGACAGAGAGAGCAUACGUGAUAGAUAUGCUCAAACAAGAUGCGAAUAAUCUCGCCACACACUACCAUAUUCGAUUUGUCUUGCAGGCCAUGAAAGAUUACAAGACUUACAUUCAAGUUUUUAUCUACAUGGGGCUGCUCGUCCCUGUUUAUGCCAUCGCUCUCUUUACGCCAACUAUCAUCAAUGAACUCGGCUAUUCCACUACCCAUGCUCAGUUGCUCUCAGCCCCACCGUUUCUUGCAGGAUGCUUCGCCACAAUCCUAGUUGGAAUCUACUCUGACAAGUACCAAAUUCGCGGCCCAUUUAUCAUUGGUGGCGCCUGCGUGUCUAUUGUGGGAUACAUCUUACUUUAUUGUGACGGGCCAGCAGGCAUGUCGUAUACUGGAGCUUGUCUGGCUGCUAUCGGUGUCUAUCCAACAAUUGCAGUCGAUCUUGCUUGGGCAGGCUCAAAUGCAGGAGGCGACUUGAAGCGUGGCGUUGUGAUAGCGAUGGUCAUUGGCCUUGGAAACCUGGGAGGUAUUUGCUCCUCAUUCGUUUACAUCGAUCCGCCGAAUUUCCACAUUGGACAUGGCACUAUCAUGGGAUUCCUUUGUCUCUCAAUUUCGCUGAGCCUGUUCGCUAUGUGGGACUGUAGCCGGCUUAAUAAAAAUAAGGAAGCGCAGUGUCAGGCGGAAGGUCUUACUGACAGCAGAAAAAAUGAAUUCAGGGAUAUGGGCGAUGCCAGUCCGUUGUUCAGAUAUGCUAUAUAAAACGCACGCCUACCCAAACUGUCCUUUUCAACAUCCCAUUAUCGUACAUCUCAUUUAAUACUAAGUUAGACAAUACAUUAAAAUGAUAGUUAACUUCUACGGGUUGAAUAUCUACCAUUCAUUUGUGGACCAAGACCUGAUUCGUGAACUUCGACAGCAAUUGAUUAGG